CUCAUGCGCUCCUUCUACAAUAGGUAAGGAGAGGGAGGCAGAAGGAGAAAGAUAUAUGAACAAGAGGGAAAUAGGCAGACAGAGUGCAUUUGUUUUGGGGACUAAAUGAUGAGAAACUAGAGGGUUUUCGAGUAAAAGGGAAUACAAAAGGAAAUUAAGUGGCGGAUAGACAGACAAAGGAAGAGAGAGAUGAGAAGAGGUUGUGGCUGUAGCAAGUGUAGACAUCCUCCUGAAGAAACAGGUUUGUCAGAGUUACAGCACUAAUAAAAAAAAGAGGAAAAAGGCCCAUUUCCCCCCCUCAUCUGACACAACGAACAUCAGAUAGGUCAGAAGAAAGCGACCUUCCAGCAGUCAGUAUAGGUGUGGCUGCAGACAGGUGGACGGUCCGACAUGCUGCAUAUGCUUCUGCUUCUCUGCGUGGCUGACGGAGUUACGGCAUCCACCCCUGGAGUCUGGGCUUAUGGCCGGAUGCAGAACAGGCAGGGAGCAGCAGCCACGCUGUGUCCAACACCGUGCCAGUGUGAGCAAAACGGGAUCUUUGUCAUGGUGGACUGCUCAGAGUUGGGACUGUCGUCUGUGCCAACCGACAUCAGCCCUCUCACCACUUAUCUGGAUCUCAGUAUGAAUAACAUCAGUGAGAUCCAGCCAAGAGCCUUCCAUCGACUGCACCUGUUAACAGAACUGCGAAUCUCUGGGAAUCAGCUGAAAUAUAUCUCAGGCCACUCUCUCCAGGGUCUCCACAACCUUAAAGUUUUAAUGCUGCAAAACAAUCAGCUUGAAAGGCUUCCUGGUGAUGCUGCGUGGGACUUACCCAACCUGCUGUCCCUGCGUCUAGAUGCAAACCUACUGUCUGAAGUUCCUGCUGGUGCCUUUAGAGGAGUGGGGUCUCUAAGGCACCUGUGGCUGGAUGACAACUCCUUGACAGAGAUCCCAGUGAUGGCCCUGGAUGCGCUACCCUCCCUACAGGCCAUGACCCUGGCCCUCAACCAGAUCACGCAUAUUCCAGAUUAUGCAUUUGCCAACCUCUCUGCACUUGUCGUACUACAUCUCCAUAACAACCAGAUCCAGAUCAUGGGUGGGAGAUGUUUUGAAGGUUUACAAAGUUUGGAAACUCUGGAUUUAAAUUACAAUGAUCUCCAGGAGUUCCCUGUGGCGAUCAAGACACUGAGUAAGCUCCAGGAACUGGGCUUCCAUAACAAUAAUAUUAAAGCCAUCCCUGAGAGGGCCUUUGUGGGAAAUCCUCAGCUCCAAACCAUCCAUUUUUAUGAGAACCCUAUCCAGUUUGUGGGAAAAUCUGCUUUCCAGUUCUUACCGAAAUUGCAUACACUUUCCCUUAACAGAGCGACCCUAAUUCAAGAGUUUCCUGACCUGAAAGGAACCACAAGCCUGGAAAUUUUGACACUGACUCAGGCCAGUCUCUCAGCUCUCCCUCUGGAUCUGUGCAAGCAGCUUCCUCGCCUCAGAGUAAUGGAGCUAUCUUACAAUCUGAUACAGGAUCUGCCAAGCUUUUAUCACUGCUCAGAACUACAAGAAAUAGGUCUUCAGCAUAACCAAAUAACAAGGCUAGAGUCCAGCACUUUCCAGCAGCUCACCUCUCUUAGAACGCUUGAUUUGAGUUGGAACAAGAUAGAGUGGAUCCAUGCAGAUGCCUUUGCCUCUUUGAAUUCCUUGGUCAAACUGGACCUGACUGAAAACAGGCUUAGCUCAAUGCCAUCUGUGGGAUUGGGGAGUCUCACUCAUCUCAAACUCAGGGGCAACCCUGCGUUAUACGACACCUUCAUCCCCGAUCACUUCCCUCAUAUGAGGGUGAUCGAGAUGCCUUAUGCCUACCAGUGCUGUGUGUAUGGUUCCUGUGAUAGCUACAAGUCAGCCAACCAAUGGGACACUGAGCAAAGCAACACCGAUAAUGAACUUCUCAAGAGAACUGUGGCCAUUUACCCAAUCCAUGCUGACACACGAUAUGAUCCUGACCUGGAUGAAUUCCAGCUAGAAAUAGAAGAGUCCAAACUUCAGGCCACUGUCCAGUGCACACCCACACCAGGUCCUUUCCGCCCCUGUGACUCUCUUUUGGGAAGCUGGUUGGUUCGUGUUGGGUUAUGGACCAUCUCUCUCGUGGCUCUGCUGGGGAACUCCUUGUUACUCCUUUCUUUAAUCAGUUCACCCUGCUCCAUGUCACCACUGAGAUUCACAGUGGCCUGCAUGGGUGCCUCUAAUCUGCUGACAGGCGUGUGUACAAGCACCCUGGCCCUGAUAGACGUUUUAACAUUGGGAGAGUUUAGCCACUAUGGUGCCCACUGGCAAGGAGGUCCUGGAUGUCAGGUGACGGGAUGGGUGUGGGUGUUUGCCUCUGAGGCAAGUGUGUUGCUGCUGACCCUUGCGGCUGUGCAGUAUGGAGUGAGUGUGACAUGUGCACGCAGCUAUGGAAAAUCAGCUUCCCUCCGGAGUGUACGCACAUCUGCACUUUUCUGUGUCACCCUUUCUUUAGCCCUAGCUUGUUUUCCUCUGUUUGGAAUCGGAGAGUAUGGAUCCUCACCUUUCUGCUUACCGACACCUUUUCCCCCUUUGACCUCUCAGCCACCAUCUGCCUUGAUCUUUCCCUUAGUGCUCAUUAUGAUGAACACCCUGUGCCUGCUCAUAGUAACAUGUUCAUACAUCUGCCUGUACUGGGAAUUACUUAGAGGAGAGUGUGAAGGCCUGUGGGACUGUGCUAUGAUCAAACAUGUUGCCUGGCUAAUAUUCACAAAUGGCCUCCUUUAUGUACCAGUAGCUUUCCUCUCCAUCUGCUUCCUCCUGGGUCUCCUCUCCCUUGGGGAGGAGGUUUUGAAAUCAGUACUUCUGCUUCUUCAGCCACUUCCUGCCUGCCUAAAUCCGUUGAUUUUCCUCCUUUUUACACAACACUUCCCGUAUUUUUUCUGGUCCCGCCCGAAAGCUCCUCCUCAGCUUCGCAGGGAACUCACCUUAGACUCGCUGGUUUCUGUGGAGACAGAGAAGAGCUCCUGCUCCGAGUCUUCAAUACAGGUGUCACUUGCUGAUAUGGAUGCCCUCUGCUGUAGGGUCUCUACUCUCCACACUCAAAUGGAUGCUACUCGAUUUUCCCACUGCUCCUCUGCCUCCUCGGUUCCUCUAAUCACUUGUCAGACAACCAGUACCAGAGAAGAAGAACAAGGGAACCUUGACGAAAAGGGACAUCUAAAGAGUUGUAAUCAAGAUAUUCACAACAAUUGCCCAAAGUAUUGCUUAACCAUGAUUGACUCUGUUGCCCCAAAUCCAUAAACUACUAAGUUACCUGCCUGAAAACCUGGCACAUUACAGGCAUUCACGGGUCUUCGUGUACAGUGUGAAGAUCAGUUCUGGGCCUCAAAGAACAUUACAAGGAUGGAACUCAUGAAAAGCUAAUGAGCGUCUUUUAAAAGGGAAAGUGCAACAAGAAGUUUCCUCUGCAAUAAGGAAGUAAACAUCAGAUUAUGCUUUAUUAUAAACAAAUACUAAACAUUUUAGAACCUAUUCAGACUUGUAUAUCCUCAACAAAGUUCCAGUAAAAGCUGAAAGAUUGUUUAUUAAAAGAAGAACUUAAAGUGGGGUGAACUUAAAAAUAUAUCAAAAACAAAAUUAUAUGUAUAAAUGUUUAUAUUCAAAUAUUACUGAUUCUGGGGCAAACAGUUUAGAAGUUUCUGGUGAAUAUUAAUUUUCUAUGCAUAUUUUCUGACUGGAUAAUAAAGGAUUUAUUGUCACAUCAGGUAAUUAACCAGAUUAAGCUAACAUUUCACAUGUCAGUAAUUUUUAAAUAUGUGAAACAAAUUUAUAGAGUUGGAUAGUUUCUUUCAAAUAACCAACUCCACAAAUAAAAAAUAAACUGACUGGGAUGUAGCUAUUCUAUCUACCAGCAGUGUGUAAAUACAAUGUAACUACCUCUGAACUCGGACUAUAUUGGCUCACUACAGCUUUUAAAUGUUCUUUUUAUGACAAAACACCAAAUACUUUAUAUAUUAAGAUACGAAUGCAGUUUGUUUAACAAAUACAAUCAUAUGUUGCUAUUUAGGUUGUACAUACUACUGUGUAUACAAGUGAAGCAUAUGUUUGAAUAAAAAAUAACUUUAUACUGUACAGCAACCACUCUUCUCACUGCUUUUCAAAAGCAAUUACCACAAAAAGCCAUAGUUUGUAUUAAAAAAAUGUUUUUUAUUAAAACAAACAUGCAUAUACUGUACAUACGUAGCUAUAUCACAGGGUACAUAUGACUAAAUGAAUACCUAAUUAAAAUAAUGCAAAUAAACUGCAAAAUGUAUGUUUCUCAGAAGCAAAGUGUGGCUUUAACCAAGGUGGCUGUUACUACACACAUGUUCUCUUUGCAAGCUUGCCGCUCUCCUGCUGUGCACCAGAAGCUUCUCUUUUGCGUGAUGAUGCAUUCUCCAGUACACUCUUUUGGCUGCUCUCCAAAAUUGUCUAAACAAAGCCAGGGAUGAACUAUUUGGUAUUGUGACUUCCAAAUACAAUGAUCAAAAUAAAAUACAUAUUUAAUCAGAAGAUUAAAUAGUCAACAUUUAAGCAAGUGCAACACUUUAGGUCCAAAUACUGUAUCUGAUACCUCAUCAUAUUAACUUUACCAGUAAAAAAGUGACUAUUUAUGAAAACUCAUAUACAUUUCAGUCGCUUAUAUGGUCAAGGACUUGGAUCUCAUCUAGGUGCAUCUCAAUAAAUUACAAUAUCUUUGAAAAUUGAUUUAUUUCUGCAGUUCAAUUCAAAAAGUGAACCACUUAUAUACUAUAGAUUCAUUACAGAAAGUGAAAUAUUUCAAGAAUGUAUUUCUUAAUUUUGAUGUUUGUAUCUUACCGCCUAUAAAACCCCCAAUACUUCAAUAUUUUAAUCACUAUACCUAAUCAGCAAAUUAACUGAAAAAAACUUUCUGAGCCUUUAACUGGUCUCCUAGCAUGAAUUGAACUCCUGGAAUUAAAUAAUUUUGCACAAUAUUCUAAUUUAUUGAGAUGCAGCUGUAUACCUCCCUAUAUUUGAAAAUGUAUUCCUCAUUAUCCUUUGUGAUGUGGCCACAGUAGAAAUUGCUGAAGAGGUUCUCAUGAUGUACCAAGCUCCCCCCUACUCCACCAUUGUUUCUGUAUCAUCCAUCUAUGUUCUAUCUGUACCACUUGUCCUCAUUAGGGUUAUGGGUGAUGGGGUGGGGUACACUAGUCGCCAGUCAGUCACAAGGCACAUAAUAGACAUUCACACAUUCACACCUAUGGGCAAUUCAGAGUCUCCAAUUUGCAUGUUUUGGGAUGUGGGGAAAAAGCCGGAGUAACCAGAGAAAACCCACACACGCAGGGAACAUGCAAACUCCACACAGAGAUGUUCUGUGAGACUCAAACCCUCGAUCUCCUGAUGGUGAGGCUGACAUGCUUACCACUAGCCCACCGUGCGGCCUUUCUGUAUCACACAGUAUCUGCAGUAAUUACAGGUAAUUAUGUUUCCUCUCACUCCCUUUUUGCCUUCUGAUCUUAUUUUUAUUAUUAGCAGAAGUAGUGAAUGGUUGGGGAGUUAAGUGCUUGCUUAUGUGGAGGUAUGUUGAGUUUCGGUAUUGUAUAAAGAGUAUGGCUCUUCACCAACAUCUAAGUGCCUUACGAAAAUGUGUUUGUUGAUGUGAUUUGACAUUACAAGAAUCAAACUGAAUAAAAGCCUUACCGUGAA